GCCUGUGAUUGUGAAGAAGGUAAGUUCCUUCCCUAAAGGCUAACACGCGCGUACAUCGCACAGUGCACUGCCACUGGGGUUUCGGCUUUCGAGGCUUUCCCCAAACACCAAAUUCCCCUGCCUUCUCCUCUGAACAUUCUGCCUUCUCCUUCCGGUAAUUAUCUUCCAUUCAUCCCCUUUUUAUUACAACUUCAUCAUCUCAACAUUUGGUUCAGUAUUUCGGCUGGUGGAUUAGUUGAAAACCAGGCCUUGAUGGUUUAAUUAUCUUUUUGGGUAAUUUAAGAUCAUUUCUUGAAAUCCCCCAAACAACUAAACGGAAUGAGCAUUGUAAUCAAGCAAAGAGAACCAUCAAGAUUGCCCAGCAAAGCAGAUGCAGAGUUUGAUAGGAUCAGCAAUUUACCAGGACAUGUUAUUGAUCAAAUCUUGUCACGUUUGCCGAUAAGGGAUGCGGUAAGGAGCAGUGUUCUGUCAAGGAAGUGGAGAUACAAAUGGGCUACGAUACCUUGUCUUGUGUUCGAUAAUCAUUGUUUUAAUUUCUCUUCCCAAGACCAAUCUUUCAUAAAAAACAAGCUUGUAAACAUCAUUGACCAUGUACUUUUACUUCACAACGGCCCAAUACACAAAUUCAAACUUUCACAUCGAGAUCUUUUAGGUGUCACUGACAUUGAUCGAUGGAUACUUUGCAUAUCAAGGAGCUCUAUCAAAGAAGUCGUGCUGGAAAUAUGGAAGGGCCAGCGCUACAAACCACCUUCUUGUUUAUUUAAUUGCCAGAAUCUAAUUCAUUUGGAGCUAUUUAAUUGUUUGCUAAAACCUCCAUUGAUGUUCAAAGGUUUCAAGAAUUUGAAGAGCCUUGAUCUCCAGCAUAUUACCAUCACCCAAGAUGUGUUUGAAAAGCUCAUUUCGAGCUGCCCUUCUCUUGAGAGAUUAACAUUGAUGAACUUUACUGGUGUCACACAUCUUAUCAUUGAUGCACCAAAUCUGCAAUUCUUUGACAUUGGUGGCAUUUUUGAAGAUGUUAGCUUUCUGAAUACGGUCCAUUUAUCUUUGAUUUCCAUUGGUUUGUAUGUAAAUAUUGACAAUGAAGAGAAUGGUGCUCAAGACAAUUCUAGUAAACUGCUCAGAUUCUUUGUUAAUCUGCCUCAUAUACGGAGGCUGGAGAUUCAGAGUUACUUUUUGAAGUAUUUGGCGAUGGGAUAUGUGCCGAGCAGGUUGCCUAACCUAUGUGUUGAUCUGAAUCAUUUAUCGAUUCGUAUAGAUUUUGAUGAUUUGGAGGAAAAUACCGCUGCUCUAUGCCUCCUAAGAAGUUGUCCAAAUCUCCAAGAGUUGGAAAUGUUGGCUCGGCCCGAGGAACAAUCUUCCAUGGAAAGAUCCACCAACUUCUGGGAAGAUGAUCAUUGGAGCUCUUUGUUUGCACAUCUGAGACUGGUCAAAGUGUCUGGCAUCUCUGGUGUUAAAUCGGAAAUGGAUUUUAUCAAGUUCCUGCUAUCGAAUUCACCUGUGCUCGAGCAGUUGACUGUUAAGCCAGCUUCCCAGGAAGGCGAAUGGGAGUUAAUGAAGGAAUUGCUGCGGUUCCGGCGAGCUUCGAUAUAUGCAGAAGUCAUUUAUUUGGACCCAUGAUACUCAUGGCUGCCAUUGUGGAAAAUUAAGGGUUUUAGGAAAAUGGCAUCCAUGGCAGGUUUGCUUAUUCACUUCCUUAUCAGGGUAGUGCCCUUUAAAUUUUUAAUGCAUAAAACCAGAGUUGUUAAGUGCUUGUUCCCAUUUGGUUUGUUCUUUUUACUCUAUUUUUUGAAUAAUUAGUCCCAAAUCCACAAUUGUAUAAUCCGAUUUUAUUUUAUUUUAUUUUAUUGUACAAAUGUUGGAUUUUAGAAUUUGAAUGCAUAUCUAUUAAAUAACAUUGUGGUCGCA